UCCCUUUAGGUUGUUGAAUUUCAAGACUUUAUUGCCUGGAUAGGUGAAAGUAUCUUGUAUUUGUAAAGAAAAAAAGUCCGAAAAAUAGAACGUUGUCUAACAAGUAUAUAUUUUAGCAAUGGUAGCGGGGGUGCUCCAAUGGUCUGCACUGAAAUAUCUCAAAACUUUUGGAUGGAUUACCAUGAAAUGUGAUUAAGAUAAUAAUGUUGCAGAGGAUACAUUUGAAUCACUAAUGACUAGCAUGACUACACCAAAAGUUUAUUGACUGCAGAUUAUUUGCAUAAAAUGGACAGUUAAUUUUCACAUUAACUGUGUCCCAACAUUGUUAAUGGUGUUUGUAAGGACAUAUGUGUGAAUGCAGUGUGUGUGCACUGCCUGCAGAAGUAACCAGGUGUCACUCUGUCCAAACUGGUGUAUAUUUCAGGAGGGUUGAGGUGGGCCAGUUGGUUACCAGGAAACCAAGUUUGGGUAUUACUCAUGUUACACAGAUCUCUGUGUCUCCUGUCUUUCUCUCUGUGUCCUAGCCAGGAACCAUUUCUCUAUACUGUGUUGGCACUCCGUGGCUGUCAGGAUGCAACAGUUGGUGUUGAAGGUCCUCUGCUCCACACUGCUGCUUCUAGCAGUGGUGCCCUCUGUGUAUCCACAGCCAGAUUGUUCUCAAGCUGAGUCAUGUGACCUGUGCGUUGGCGAGUCCAUGCUCAACCUGACAGACUGUGUCUGGAGGCUUUGUCCAGAUGGUAAUGGUACAGGCAUGUGUGUGUCGGUUGGGGCCAACUUGGAAGACAACGGCAUGAACUGUAGCUGGACUCGUGUGCCUGAAUUGUGCACAGUUGUAGAGUCUGUAGCUGAGGGAGGAGGUGAAGGUGACUCAGGUGAUGAAAGUAACACCAAUUCUGAGUUCUCCCAGGCCAAGUUUGACAUGUCCAGUUUCAUCGGAGGCAUCAUACUGGUGUUGUGUGUGCAGGCAGGCGGCUUCUUUGCCAUGCGCUUCCUCAAAUCCAAAGAGCAGAGCAGCUAUGACCCCAUAGAGCAACCACAGUGAAGACAUGAUGUAUGAAGGACAAACGGGCGAGAAUUGAGGACAGCAGAGCAGUGAGUCAUCGAGGUCUGACGACAGUGUUUUUUUUUUUUUUCCUGGGCCCGUGUCAUUUUUGGUUUUGUUCCCAUGGGUACCCCUAGGGGAUAGGUGUGUUCAUAGGAGGAUAUUUUAAUCAGAUACUGCAUUGUGUAACGACUGUCUGUACGCUGUGUUUGUAUAGUAUGUAUAUUCCAGAGAUAUUUUGGCUGUUGCUAUUCCUACAACCUGACAAAUGAGAAACAAAAAGGCUCUGAUUUUCCCAGCACUUUUAGCGAUUCAUAUUUGUCACCAAACCCACCAUAUAUAUUUUCACCAAUGAUAAGUGUUAAGUAUUUGUCCUACAAACAAAAAGCAACUAGCUGUAUCAAAUCCGCUGUUUCAACUGUGUAAAUAGUACAGUGCGGUUAUGGGUAAGAGUGAUACAAUCCCAAUGUAGACAGUAGGUCAGACAAGGUCAUAACAGGCAUUUAAACGUUUUUCAAAAACCCUGAAAUACGUUUAAAUGAGACUGUUGUUGAUUUUGCCCAUCAUCUAAGAGGGCGUAUGUGUUUUUAAUGAGGAGCUGCAUAACUUUAUAGUGUUUUAUUUGAACCAAAUAUUUAAAUAUUUUAUGUAUGUUAUGUCUUUUAAUUUAUUUGCAGUGAGUUAAAUGAUUUAGCUGGGGACCCUAAGGAGCCAUCUUAACAACUCCUGGAGGUCCCUGUAGACUCCACUUUUGGGAACAUAGAAAUUAAGCCUGGUAAUCUUGGCAAUAGUCAUUUGAACUUUAUGCCUACUUACAAUUUAGUUUUUGCACCACUCCUCUGAUUUGUGUGUUUUUGUUUUGAAUUGUCAAUAGCUCAGAUUGUUUUUUAUAAAUUAAUUUAGAUUGAGGAGAUUUCUGUUUGAUUGCUCAUAAUUAUCUUAUAUACAUACCAGCUUUAACCCUUUAAUAACAGUUCAAAGAGAUGUGAUGUGACCCUUUUUACUCGUAGUAAUGCUGGCUUUGUGACACCAUUAA